AUGAGUUCAAAGGCCUCCAGUAAGGAGGCAGUUGACAAGAAACGAUCUGAGAGUGAGAAAGAGUAUUCCGAAUUCGAAGAUGAAGAUGAAAAGAAACAGAACGACGAAAAUAACAAUAAUGAUGAAAAAGAUUUCGAAAGUUCUGAUGACGAAAAGAAAGAAAACAAUGACUUCGAAGAGGACAAGAAAAAUAACGAUAAAUCAGAGAAUGAUUUCGAAGAUAGCGAUAGCGAAAAAGAUUUCGAGAAUAACGACAAUGCAGAAACUCAGCAUCAACCAGUACUUAUUACCGAAAUUCCAAAACCGAAAAAAGAAACGAGAAAUAAUCAAAAUGAUAAAAAUAACAAGAAACAACAACAAAACGGAAAGAAAGAAUCAUUACAAGCACGCAUACAAGCAAAAAUGGCUCCAGUUCCGAAACCAAAACCCAAACAAAAACAACCGGAAAAGAAAAUUGACUUAUCCAAACCAAUUCCAAGGCCUCCACUUUCGAGGCCUGCGCAAAUACCACCUGAAAUGCGUCAAUCGAAUAAAUCGCAAGGCGGAUCUAUUACGAAUUUUAAUCCAAAUCAAACUCCUCAUUUUACAGAAGUCUACACAAAGAGAGCCAUUGCAAAUCUUGGUGUAGAUCCUAGCGAAUUACAGUACCCGUCUGAAUUCAAAUUGAACUCUUAUUCUAGAGAUCCAAAAGUACGAGAAAUGGCAAGGAAAAAGAUGUCACAAGCAGUCGAUGAUCUUAUAGAACAAGUUAAAGCAGAAAGGGAACGACUUAUGGAGUCAGAUAAAGCCGCAGAAAAAGAAAUGUCAAAUACAUCGUUUGAAGAUGACGAAGAAACAAUAAACAACCAGUUUAUAGAAUCAAAAAAGAAACGACUUGAAGUACAACAACGAAGACAGAAGAAAGAAAUCGAAAACAUGAUAAUUAACAUUUUAACCGAACAAAGAAACGCAGAACUUGCAGAAUUAAGGCAGGCACGUGAUGCACAGAAAGAGGAAGAGCGCCAGAAACAAUUAGAAAAGCAAAGAGAAGAAAACGAACGAAGAAAGAAAGAACAAUUUGAACAAAAGCUUCAAAUGGAGAAACAGAAAGAAAAAGAGGAAGAAGAGGCCAGACAAAUGACAUUGAUGAGAGAACAGGCUAUCGCAGAACGUCAAAAAGAGGAAGCAGAAAGAAAAAGAAAAGAAGCAGAGGAAGCUCUCAAAUUGAGAAAUCAAAGAAAUUUUGAGGCGAAAAAGCGGUUAGAGGAACUUGAAGCGAAAAGAGCUAAAGAUCUUGAAGAUCAGCUACUUCUCGCUGAAGCUAGGGAGUCAGCACGCCAAAAAGCGGAAGAGGAAGAGCGCAAGAGGAUUGCAGACCUCAGAGCUCAAUAUCAGCUACAACAACAGAUGCAACUCGAAAAAAUACGACGUGAACAAUACGAAGCUGCCCAAAGGAGAGCUAAAAGUGCUCAAGCAAGACAGGACAGAGUAUUUGAGAACAUUAGAAUGUCAGAAGAGAACAGAAUGAAAAUGUUGAAAGAAAAAAUGCUCGCAGACAGAAAGAGAGCUGAAAUGGUUGCAGAGCAACGCAAAAGAAUAGAAGAUGAAUACAGAGAAAAGGCCCAGCAGCUUGAACAACGCAAUGAAAUGGCGACAAUGAGAUAUCAAGAGCGAGAAGAAGAGAAAAGACGUCGCCAAAUGGAAGCAGCUAACGGUAUGAGUGAAACCUUCAAGAAAGUCAAAGAAAAACUCGAACAAAUCAACCAGAUGCAACAAGAAAAAGCCCAGCGCAAGGAGAUGGAGCUACAAAUGAACGACCAACGCAUAGAAGCCCUCAACCAACGUCGCCAAGAAGAACUACAUGCUCAGUCAGUCGACGCCAGGAUCAAAAUGGAGCAAAAACAAGCUGCAGUGAUGAGAAUGGAAAGAAUGAAGUUAAUGCAAAAAGAAAGAAUGAAAGAAGAGAUCGAAAUGAAGAUGAAACGUAUAGAAAUGCAACAGGAAAUGAAAGACAAGCUUAGAGCUCAAGGAGCUAAGCAGAAAAUCGCAAUCGAGCAUGAGAGAGUAUUAUUACAAGAUCAACUUAAACAUAUUCAGAAAACUUCAUCGUCUGUUGAUCGUACUCAACUUACAUCGCUCGCCGAACGCUACGGACUUAAUUUCGGAGAUUUGGAAGCAAGAGUUUACGGAAAAAGGUCAGAUCCUUUACCUCCUUUACGCCCAUCGCCCGCGAAGAAGGAAGAAAACCAGGAUAUAUCGAUAAAGGAUGAUGGUGAUGAUAGUGAUUUUGAUGAAUAA